GAUUGGAUUUGCUUCGAGUGGCCGAUUAUCGUUGAGCUGAGGGGGUCGCGCUGCGCCCGGCCCGAAAUUUAUGAAGGGUCGGUUAGCCUUUUCAAGAGCAACGCUGCCUACCUGGUUACAAAGCUUAUCAGUCGUCUAAUCCAAUUAAACAAACUAAUUCAUCCAAGGCGGUGAAGGGAGCAAAGCGGAAAAGGGAGACAACGCCGCUCCAACUCGGAUGACGGCAAUCAGGUUAGUCCAGCAGCACGGCAUAUUUCCUUAAUUUUCUUCUAUUGUGUUUUGCCUCUUUCCAUUCCUAUGAGGAUUGUGGGUCGUACGCUUCAACAUCGAUAUAUUUUCCUCGGCCAUGGUGUUCUGUGGAAAGCCAUCCAGACACUGUGAGCGCUGUCGUCUUCGGAGGAUGAGAUGUGAUCAACGCAGGCCGGCAUGCACUCAGUGUAUCAACGCAUCGUCUGUGUGCCCCGGUUAUCGGAAUAUCGUUGAUCUCUUAUUUCACGAUGAAACUAAAAAGGUCCGGCAAAGGGCAUUGAAAACAUCCCGGCUGCUGUCCAGGUCUUCCCAGAGCUCGGGCCGAUAUUCUUCUUCUCUAGGAACCUUGGUAAAAACACUGCAACUGCACAGGGACACGGUGCUCGACCUACCCAUCGAGAGCUAUGCACAGUCCUUCUUCUUGUCGUCAUACAUAAUGGGCGGUAAUUUCGAAUAUCUCGCUCAGCUAUGUGAGAGAGUCGUUGUGCGCGAUCCAUUAUUAACCUCCCUCGAAGCCGUAGCGCUUGCCAGCUUGUCGCAGGAGAGGAGAUCUCGCGGGCUGAUGACGGCUGCCAGAACAAAGUACAUACGCGCCCUCCAGGAGACGAAUCAUGCAGUCCAAUCCCGGCAAGAAGCUGUAAAAGAUGGCACGCUCAUUUCUGUCUUACUUUUGAGCCUUUUUGAGAAUAUUACACAAGAGGAGCCUUUUUCGUGCGACAGUUGGCUGAAGCACAUGAAAGGCGCUGUCGCCCUGCUUCAACUGCGCCAACCAGAACAGUUUAGGUCUGCACUGGGUGGUGAGCUCUACAAACAGGUCGGGAAGAAUAUCCAUGUCGGCUGUGUUCAGCAACGAAUUCGCAUCCCACCAGAGUUCCUAGAGUUGCAUAAAUCAGUUGCCUGCUUUAUUGACAUUAGCAAUUAUGUACUGCAAUUUUCCACUGCCAUAGAGGGAUUGACAAAUCUCCAAGCUGCAAUCAGGUAUGGAGAGCUGACUGACCCGGAGGAAAUCAAUUGCCUUGCCAAGGACUUAGAUGACAGCGUGGUCCUGUUUGCGUCAUCGGUGCCUCCUGAGUGGUGCUAUAGUUCUAUCUGCACGCAAGAUAGGUGUCUUCCAAAAGACGGAGGGAAACGGCACAUUAACCAAACUCAUCGUAUAAUAGAGCUAUGGAAUACCAUCCGAAUGACCCGUUUGAUGCUUAACGAGAUCAUCUACAAGUAUGCUUGCAUGGGAGCACCCUGUGCCACACACGAACUGCUCUGUUCUACUGCGAGAGAAACUAUUGAAAUGAUGGCCUCCGAGAUUUGUGCCACUGUACCUCAGUUCCGGCAGAGUCUCCCGGCACAGAUUCAGUCUCCCCGCAUAGUGGCAUCCGGUCACAUUCUUAUCUGGCCGCUAUCGAUUCUAGGUGCAUCUGAACUAGUGCCGGUGGCUCUGCGGCUGUACGCGAUAGAGAGUCUGCACUUUAUUGGAGCCGACAUGCUGAUUCCGCAAGCCGCAGAAAAGUAAUUGUAUCCCUGAAGAGCCUCGCAUAUGUUUGGUGAGUGAAGUUCUUGCAUCGGUUGCUGGGGUGCCACACAUCGAUGGAUCAACCAAGAGAAAUCCAGAGCUAUAGACGGAGCCUUCAGCUACCACUGAUUUCAAAUGCUUUAACUUCCGGCCAAGGCUUAGGAAUCGAUGCCGUCAUCAUUAAUUUCUAUUCUGUAUUUGCUUCAUAGCAUUUCCCAUAUUUAGAUUUGCUUCGGAGCAUUUUCUAUAUUUAGUUUUUGUUCUAGGUAACACAUCUAUAUUAGCAUCUCCAUAUUCUUUCUGGGUGGCACCAGCAACCAGUUACAUUACAGAGAUUGUUGCCUCUUGUUUCAGGAAUAAAUAUUGUACAGAUAAAUAAAUUU